UCCAGUCUGUCUCAAAAUAAGCCAGUGGGAGAGGGAUCGGCACAGUGUAAGCCAGAGAGAUUGGAGCGGAGAGGUACACAGCUUCUGGUUAUAAGUCUCAGUAGUGGGACCCACAGCCUUCAGCUCCAAAUACACUGCCUUGCUGCUUGCCUGCCUGACCUGACUGACUAACACGCUGAGUUUCCCUCCACUCCCUCUCUCUUGCUCCUUCCCUCCUACUUUUCAAUCUGGAGAGUGAGAGUACACAGAUUGGGAAGGUGCUCCUCAGACAUGCGCCUGGACAGCUUGAAAAUAGCACAGACAGGAUUUUUCCCUCUUUCUUCACUUUCAUCCUCUCCCUAGGUUUUACCAUCUCCUUCUAUAAGCGCGUGGUUGGACUUUGUUUUUAGAUUUUCUUGCCAGACGCAGAAAAAAAAGUUUGAAAACAGUUUGCUUCACCUGUAGUAGAGAACAUAAAAUUUUGAGCUGUAUUUUUGGUUGUUUUCAUCCUCUUUGUCGAUUUUCUGCAUUUGCAACAGCACUGGACUAGUUUAGAGUGCCGGCUCUUUGCCCUGGAGGACGCCUCUCCUUAUUUUUGGCUGCAUGUUCACUGAGUAUCUGAUACUGCUACAUCUCAUGGGAGACCUGCGUGGCUGAACCAAGGAGGGUGGUAGAAGAGAGAGACCCAGCUGAAGAGCAUACCUACUGCUGCCCUAACCUGCCUGCCCUACAACCCCCACGCAGAGGGAGAGAUCUUUGUGUGUAUGAGAAGCCUGGGAUGUUGGUGAACAUGCUGUUGGCUCCUGUCUGUGUGCUGCUGAUGCUUGGGGGUCGUGCUCUUGCUGGAGGUUAUGCCCCCAUGCCCGUCGUGAAGUACAUGCAGCCUAUGAUGAAAGGACCCGUUGGACCUCCAUUUCGAGAGGGCAAAGGACAUUAUGUUGAUAUGCCACCUAUGAUGAAGGGAGAACCAGGUCCUCAAGGGAAACCAGGACCAAGAGGCCCCCCUGGGCCACCAGGCCUACCAGGAAAACCUGGACUGGGGAAACCAGGUCUUAAUGGACAACCAGGACCUCAGGGGCCUCCAGGGUUUACAGGAAUUGGUAAGCCUGGACUUCCAGGUCUCCCAGGAAAGAUUGGGCCAAAUGGAAUGCCAGGACUUAAUGGUGAGGUUGGACCCCGUGGUGAACCAGGUCCCCGUGGACUUCCUGGGCCCCCUGGUGUCCCAGGCCCAGCUGGUUUGUCUCUAAAUGGGAAGCCUGGACUCCCAGGUAUCAGAGGUCCUCCUGGGGCUCGUGGUGAGCCAGGAUUAAAAGGUAUUGUUGGCCCGCCAGGUGAACGUGGAAUUAAGGGUGAGAAUGGUAAUGGAAAACCAGGACCUACAGGUAUCAGGGGCCCUCCAGGUCUAAAAGGCAGUACAGGGCCACCUGGGUUUCCUGGUAUUGGCAAACCAGGACCAAAAGGUUUGCCUGGACAACCUGGACUUAAAGGUGAUGAAGGAUUCCAGGGGAAUCAAGGAGAACCAGGACAACCUGGGCCACCAGGUCUUCAAGGUCUUCCAGGGCCAGCUGGGUUGGGGAAGCCUGGUCUAGAUGGACUUCCAGGAGCACUGGGUCCAGUGGGCCCUAAAGGGGAACAAGGGACACGGGGAAAUCCUGGAAAUCCUGGCCUGCCUGGCUAUGGAAAACCUGGUCUAAAUGGGCUAAAAGGAGAAAAGGGUCAUGGUGGAUUUCCAGGUCUCCCAGGGGACAAAGGGGAACAAGGAAUGGUUGGUCCAAUUGGGGUGCCAGGUCUUGAUGGACAACCAGGACCACAAGGCAUUCAAGGUCCAAUGGGGCUUCCAGGAAAACAUGGAAUGCCAGGGCCAAAGGGAGAACUAGGACCUAAGGGACCACCAGGACUGCCUGGACUUAAAGGUGACCAAGGCCUCAGUGGUACCCCUGGGAGACCUGGUGUCCCAGGGGAAAAGGGCAUCCCUGGACCUAAUGGUCUUAUAGGUAAAUCGGGCCCUAAAGGUGAGCCAGGACAAAUUGGCCCCCCUGGGAAUCCAGGGUUGACAGGUGCUCCAGGGCCUAAAGGGGAGGCAGGUUUUAUGGGGAAUCCAGGCCCCAGGGGCCAGUCAGGAAUUCCUGGUCUUCAAGGGCCUAUGGGUCCUAUGGGGCCACAGGGUGUCCCUGGACCAAGGGGUGAAGCUGGACUUCCAGGGGCUCCAGGGUUAGGCAAACUGGGUGAGAGGGGAGUAAUAGGUCCACAAGGCCCACCAGGAAAACAAGGGCCUACUGGGCUUAAUGGUCUCCCUGGUCCACCUGGUCCUCCUGGACCUCCUGGUCCUCCAGGAAAUGGCCAAACGUUUACUUCAGGGACCACUGAUACUGGACUGGGUGGGGAGGAAGUACCAGGGGACAGGAAGGGCCCUGCAUACACUCAAGUUCUUUCUGCCUCACUAGCACCAGCUUUCACAGCCAUUCUCACCACGCCAUUUCCACCUUCCGGCAUGCCAAUCAAAUUUGAUAGGACCCUGUAUAACGGGCAAAAUGCUUACAGCUCUUCAACUGGGAUCUUUACUGCUUCUUUAUCUGGCGUCUACUACUUUGCGUACCACAUGCAUGUAAAGGGAACUAGCCUGUGGGUGGCUUUGUACAAGAACAAUGUACCAGCUACUUAUACCUAUGAUGAAUACAAGAAAGGCUACAUGGACCAAGCAUCUGGCAGUGCAGUCCUAGAGCUUAAGGAAGGUGAUGAGGUAUGGGUUCAAAUGCCCUCAGAUCAAGCAAAUGGCCUUUACUCUACCGAAUACAUCCACUCCUCCUUUUCAGGAUUCCUGCUCUGUCCCACAUAACCUUUCCUUAAAAAAUGUUCCUGUAUUUGUGCCUCAGAUCAGACCUAUACCCAAGAUACCUGCAGCCAUAAUAGAAACACAAACCCCAUAACAUUUUAAAAAUAUUACAAUCACCUUAUCCCUCUCACCCUCAACAGUCUCAGUUUGAAAAUAAAAUUGUGAAUUGUAUAUGAAAAUUUGAAAGGCAGGGGAAGGAUUGUUAUACUGUGUUCUUUUAUUUCAAUGUCCUUCAAAUGUAUUUUUUGGGUUGUAUUUUGUGAUGUUUUUUAGCUUAUAUUAUUUUAAUUAUUAUAUUGUCAUAUUUUGUUGUUAUUAAUUGAACCUUGUCAUCAGUGUCACUUUUGUUUGUUGGAUUCAGACUUGUAAGUGCCUUACAUCAUAACGUGCGAGUAACAGACAUUCCCGUGUGACUGCACAUACUGUCAGACAAUAAGGUCAACCGAACCUUGGGCAGGAGUGGGAUGAGUUUCAGGCAGCAGUUACUUCUGUUUGUGUAAUUUAAAUAAUGAAAUGAAAAACCUGCAGAGAGGCCAACACUUCAACACAGGAAAUGCUGACAAGUAAUUAUAUCAAAAGAAAGGCAUUUGGUCCUCUAAUACAUUUACUUUGCCCCUUUUUAAUUUGCACCCCAACUUCUUUAUUUCUAGAGAGAGAGAUAAACUUUAUUAUUUGUUGGUAUAUGAGCCACUUGGAUGCUUUUCUUUUGUUUCUCAUUUUUUUAAAUGUUAAAGAGAAAUUUGGUUGUUAAUAGUCUGUAUUUACACGCAGUAGAACGGAUACCAAACACAUUUCCAAAUGGACUGUAAAGACUGCCUUCUGUUGGAUUAGCUUGGAAUAGCAGUCUUGUAUUGAUUAUUUUUUUCCCAUUUGCACUAUGUCACAUUGCACCAGAGGCUACCUUUUCAAAUGCUAUAUCUUUCAUUCAUCUGAUUCAAGAGGGUAUUCUAUAAGCUCAUAAUUAUAUAUCCAUUCCCAGUUGGAAAAACAAUACCAGAAAUGUGCCAGUCUAAUUAUUAGAGAAAACCUGUGAAAAGGCUGGAAACUAGAGUGUAUUUCAGAAAUGGAGGAGCUAAUAAAUUUAAAACAAAAAUACUUAUACUUCUUCUUCAAAAGUGUUAUAUUAGAGAUGUGAUUUUGAGUCUAACAUUGUUUUUUAGAACAAAGUUAUAUUCAAAUAUACAGUGCCAUCCAUGAAUUGUGGCAUUUCUGGUAAGAUAUGUAAAAUACAUUCACUUUUUAUUGCAGUAGUAUAAUGACAGACUGAAUUUUUAUUUUUAUUUUAGAAAUAUUCAAUCUUUAAAUGGAUCAAGCUUAUUCGGUAGAAGAAAAAAAGUCAACUAUAAGCAAUUCAGGUUUUUAUAAGAAGUAAUCUGUCAAAAUUAUUUUAACCCCUGCUCUUGACACUGUACAGCCCCUUUAUACAGGUAGUAUGGCACUCCUUUAACAUUUUACAGGGUUUGGGCAUGCAAAGGUGAACUGAGAUGGCCAUGGAAAAAGGAUGAUUUUGAUUUUGUGUCAAGUGAACCAUUUCUGGGUUGAUUUUCCUAUUAAUUCUCAUAACGUUCCUAGGGCAGGCCCACAGCAUCACAGACCCUCCACCAUAUGUAACAGUGGGCAUUGGAUGAUUUUCCACAUUCAUAUUUUGUCUUAUGUCAGCCAUACAGUCUAAGUCUCAUCUGACCAAAUUACAUGGUUCACACUAUUAAAGUUUGAGUUGCAUUCAGCAUAAUGCACAUUUACAUUUGUGCUAGUAGGAAAGAAAAAAGUAUUUUUCCUGGGUAGAUAGUAUCUAAUGGUUGUUUUGGAGCAGUAGUGUCCAAACUUUUUGUCACAGGGGCCAAAUUCAUUAAGUGAAAAAGUACUUGUGGGCCAAAUUUUUUAUUUAUUUUUUUUUUCGUAUUGCAAUAUUUUCACAAAUAAAGUAGUCAGAUUUUUUUGUAAAUGUGCAAAGCAUAGUAGAUCCAAAACAAAGGAUUGUCCAUGUUAGUAUAAUAAAAAAAAAAUACAUCCACUUUGCAGAUUCUUUUGGGCUUGAUUUUAAAAAAUAGGAAAUAAAAGUCUGUUCUCAGCAAUAAAAACAGGAUUUAGGUCACUCUUUUUUUUUGGAAAAUGCUUGCUAUAUGUAGUUAAUUUUAAGAAACUAGUCAAAACCCUAUUUGGAUGAAGUAAAAUCUGCUUUUGAGUAAAAGUCACUGAAUGGAUGUGGUCCUAUUUACAAUGAGAAUGCAAAAAGUAUGGAUUAUAAAAGACAAAUCCAUUUGCAGAGCCAUCAGUCCAGGAGUCAUUUGCAGCCCUUGGACUGAUGGCUCUGCAAAUGCCCCGGUCCAGUUAUCAUUUGCUGAGACCCCUGUUUUGGAACCUUGGUGACCUUGGAGAGUUUUUUAACCUCCUUUACCAUUCCCUUCACUGUGCAUGGUGGCAAGAUAACCAUCAUCCCUGAUCUAGCCUUGUCAUUCAUCUUUUUGUUGUUGUUUUAAACUUUUUAUCCAUUGCUCUGAUUGUAAAUUUGGACAAGUUUAGGGAAAUAGCUCCUUUGGCCUUUUCUAACUUAUAAUGAUUUAGACACAUAUGUCUUACAUUAAUGGCUUGUUAUCUUGUGUUUCAAAUUUCAAAGACUGCCCCCUGCGUCCCAUGAAAUGUUUCCCACAUGUAAAUAGGAAGUGGUGGAUUACUCAGUAAACAGGGAGGCUGAUCAACCAAUAGUAAACUAUGAAUUACAAAAAUAUCUCUGUUACAUUUAUAUCACAGAGAUGGUUUGAUAUAUCAGUAAGUUUGGUAUUGGUAAGAUUAAAAGCAAAUAUUUCUGAACAGGGAAUUAUUUGACCCUCUCUGAAUAAAUGUAGUCAAAUUAAAGGUUGGAUUUUUCAAAUUCUUUUAGGAGAAGAUUAUUUAUUUUUAUGUAUGCUUAGCUGUGGUGCCAACAAAUGUGGAGGGUACUGUACAUCCAAAAGUGCCAAUCAUUUAGCAUUUUCUAAGUGAAAAAGCAAAAUGGCCGACAGAAGUUCGCUGGUUGUGAAAUAAAAACCCCUGGUUUAUUUCCAAAGAGGUAGCAGGUCAGAUGUAGUCAGAGCUGAGUGUUUACUCACUACUACUGGAUGAAGCAUUAAAGAUACGUUCCUUCUGUCAAUACACGAGUGGGUGUGGGUGGUGGGGGGCAUUGGGCUAUGUCAUGUCGUCCCCUUCAAAAGUCAGGUUAUGAAUAUUUCAGCAAAGAUUAUAAUAAACUUGAACGAGGUUACAAAAUCUUUGGAAAAGCUAUGAUUCUGUUAGUGUUCCUCAAAAGCGCUUGAGAAUCCCAAACUACAAAUGCCUCAGCUUCCUCUGGGUUUUGACAGGAAUUCCACAGGAGGUUUUACAUCACUAGUCUCUGCCGAGAGGAGAAAGAUAAAUAGCUACUGAAACAGAUGAUUCAUGUGACAUGAAAAACAGCCAAAACUGAAACAAGAUACUGAUGAUAAUAGUGAGAAAUAUUUCUGAUUAACACUGAAUAAACUGUUUUAUGUUUUGACUCAAUAAAUGGAAUCAUGGCUUGCUAUAAUUCUGAGUUGGACCAAGUCAAACAAGAAUAGUAAACACUUUGAAAUGUGUUGAUUUCAGCUGUUGUAGGCUAGCUAUAACAAAAAGAGCACGGCCUGGAAAAAAACUGUCAAUAUUUACAGUUCCUAGCAAAAGUAUUGACAACUUGAACUUUUACACAUUUUGUAACAUAGCCAAAAAACUACUCUUUUAUUGGUCUUUUAUGUGAUGGACCAGCAGAAGUGCUGCACAACUGUGAACUGGAAGGAAAAUUAUAUAUCAUUUAAAAACAACAACUUAACAAAUAAAUCUCUGAAAAUUAUAGUUAGCAUUUGUAUUCAGCAUCCUGGAGGCAAUAAGUUGUAGAACCACCUUUCACAGCGAUUGUUGCGAUUGCUCUACGUCUUUUGGGGAAUGUCUCUACUAGCUUUUUGCACAUCAAGAGGCUGAAGCUCAGUCAGAUUGGAUAGAAAGUGACUGUGAACAUCGAUUUUGAAGUAUUGGCACAGCUUCUCAACUAAAUAUGGGUCUAGAAGACAGAAUUCCCAUAGCAUCAUGCUGCCACCACCAUUUUUCACAGUAAGAAUGAUGUGUUCAGGGUGUACUUUUCCCCCAUUCAUGACAUAUUGUAUGACUGAAAGGUUCAAUUUUUGUCUCAACCGACCAGAGCAUCUUGUUCCAAAUGUUGGCCGUGUCCCUCGCAUGGCUUGUGGCAACAUGUGAAAAGGUUCAAGUGAUACUUUUGCAGGGCACCAAAUCAGAGAGAACACCAAACUCUGUUCUUUUCUUUGUCUUAACACAGUCAGAACUUGCUUACACUGCCCAAACACUGAAAAACAACACCCUUACACCUUAAAUAAAGGGGAUGAUCCUCAUGCCAAGCAUUGAGCUCUGUAGUUAGAUGGACUGUAUGGUGUUUAACUGAUUUUUUUCUUUUGUCCAUAUUUCAUCCACAUAACUAUCAUUAAACAGUAACCCUUAAAGUUGCUCUGGAAAAGCAGUUCAAGGAUCGUGCCUAAUCAGUAUUUUAUACCAAUGUAAUGCACUUACACUUGCCUUCACAUAGCAUGAGCACAGCGACAACUGCUUAUGUGUCAUUGUUAUAAGGUCUGUCACACAUUCUAAGACUUGUUUUUGUUCUAUAUGUUUUUUGAGUUUUUUUGUUUGCUCGUCUUUUAGUUUUGAACAAAAGAAGCGCUGAUGAGAUUCACACGUGCUUAUUGCUCUCUGUCCUUAAGUUUUCGUAGACAAUGUCACUUGCUUGCUGAGUUUGCAUCGUGUGCAAAUCAUUUAACAAGUGUCAGUAAGAUCCUCUGUCGCAAAUUAUAUCUUUGAAUUGUUUCCUUUUUGUCUUUAUUAAAGUAAAAAAAAAAUAUAUAUAUAUAUAUAUAUAUAUAUAUAUAUAAAAUCACAACAGUUUGGCUUCGGUUCUUUAAGGGAUAUUUGUUUGUUUUUAUUUUCAGUAAACACAAACGGCCGUUCCCAUUUGCACAUGAAAUUUAUGAAGAUGUAUUUAUACAUUACUGAUAAUUUAAAAGGAAUGCCAAAACUGACCACCGAAGCCUAAAACAUACAAAUGGUAUUUAAUAGCAUUGAUGAGUUAAAAGCAAUUAUAACAUGCAGUUAGCAUUCUAGAGUUGUUUGUGAAGGAUUAUUUGUGGACGUUUAUUUUCUUACAUGUCACGUACAAUGUAGUAGCAUAUGUUUUUUUUGUGUUAUACAUCACUAUUGCUUGCACUCUGCAAUAGAAUAUGGGUAUAAAAUGCACUCCUUUUGAUUGAAAAUGUUUGCUUAUACUAAAUCUACAGUACUUGAUUGUAUUGAUAACACAUCAAUAAAAAGAGAAAAAAAACA